AUAUAAUGGAUAAUGAAUAUUGAAACAAAAGAAAUUUUCUUUUUCAAUAUUACGUGAAAGAAUUGUAGCUUCAUUUAAAUAAAUGUUAAUAAACGAUGAACAAAAAUUAGUAUAGUAUAGAUAUAGGAAAUCGACCUCACCUGUAGGCACAAUGCACCACCUGCCACAGGUAACAAUCAGUAUUCAUGCGAACGUAACUAUAGAAGUGUGUGGGUUUCAUACGAAGAUCGAUCGGUUUAAAUAAAAGAAAUUGCGAUAUUACAUUCGAUAAAAUGUUACGUUCAAGAUCUCAAAGCAGCAUUUGGGAACAAGAAGCAAAGUUUGUACAAGAUAGAAUAUCUAACGUAGAGAAACAUUUUGCGGAAUUAUGUACAACGUUCGCAGCAUAUACAAGAAAAGCAGCAAGAUUACGUGAUAAAGGAGAUGAAAUAGCAAAAAUUAUACAAACUUAUGCUGAAUCGGAAACCAUAAAUCGAUCUUUAUCUAAUGGAUUGACAAAUUUUUCUACGACUUUAUCGGUAAUAGGCGAUUAUAGAGAUGCUCAAGUGCAAAGAUUUGAUGCUAAAAUAAUUUCUUCACUUUCUCAGUAUGCGACAAUUUGCAAAAACGCUCGUGAUGAUGUAAAAAAUACAUUUACAGCACGCGAUAAAGAAUUGACAAGAAAAAGACAUUUAGAUAGACUUAAAGAACGAAAUCCGAGAAAUAGACAGAUGAUCUCUCAAGCUGAAUCCGAGCUAAUGAAAGCUUCUGUUGAAGUUUCAAGAGUUGUUAAAGGUUUAGAAGAACAAAUCGAUACAUUUGAAAAACGAAAAUUACAUGAUUUGAAAACUAUACUUUUAGAUUUUAUUAUUAUUGAAUUAAGUUUUCAUGCAAAAACUCUUGAAUUAUUGACGAAGGGUUAUCAUGAUAUUGCAGGAAUUGAUGAAGUCAAAGAUUUAGAGGAAUUUCGUGAAGCGAUGCAUGUACCAGAUUCAAUUGCGAGAUUAACCACUGUUGGGCGAAAUUCAUUUCGACAGUCUUAUUCCCUUACUAAUUUGGCUAGUCGUUUUAUGUCUUCGCCCGGAGUUUCUCAAAAAUCAGUAAAUCAUACAACCGAAUCUACAGAUUCUACAAAAUCAAGCUUAAAAACGAAUUCAUCGGAAUCUGUACAAAUUGAGGAAUUUAGAAAUAGUUCAGAAGAAACAGAAUCUGAAUCUACUAAAGAAAAACCUGUGAGAACCAGGCAUAAAUCUAUGUAAUUUCUAAUAAUCUAUUAUUUUCAAAAUAUUUCACACAAUUCUAGAUUGAAUUACAAACUGAUUCUGGACAGAAGAAACAAAAACAAUUUAUACUUAAAGUAAUACCAUCAAUUCCAAGAUAUCAAAAAUUUUUAACAAUGCCUAUGAUGAUCAAAUAUGAUUGAUCUUAUAUUAGUGAAGUAUAUCUUAUAUUUUUAUUUAAAAACAAAAUGGAAAUAAAAUAUGCAUUAUAUCAGUACAAAAGAAA